AUGCAUAAGGUUCAGCUGUUCAUUUGGAAAUGUUUUGAAAACGUUCUUCCAUCUAAAUGCAAGCUUGCUCAGUAUAAUGACACUUGGAUCGGUCUCGUUGGUAUUAACAGCCACGGUGAUCGACCAGUUGGGGUAUCAAAAACUCAUUACUUCAUAGGAUUUCUUAUGACGCUUGCUUCUGCUGCUUUAAGUGGCCUUAUCAUGCCUAUGAUUGAGCUUGCUUUCAGUAAAGCAACUAGAAGUAUUACUUACUCUACUUUGUUGCAGUUCCAAAUCACUCUUGCGAUAUCUGCAAAUUCCUUGAACAUCAUCGGGGUGCUAAUAAACAAGGAUUUUCAGACUAUCAUGCUGUUCUUCACAGCAUUUACAUUUCAAUUGAUGACUAUGGGAUUCCUUGGUGUGAUUCUAUACACGAGUGCUCUUUUCAAUGGUAUAUUCACAUCAGUCCCCAUCCCAUUCACGCAAGUUGCAGCCGUCAUAUUUUACCACGAGCAGUUCACAGGUCUAAAAGGAAUGGCAUUGGCGUUAUGUCUCCGGGGUUUCUGUUCAUAUUUCUAUGGAGAAUACAAGAUGCUGCAUAAGGUUGUGAGUAAAGAAACUCCUGAGAAUCUGUGA